GAGCGACUCAUUCUGUAAAUCCGUCGGUGAUGUUGUUGCGGAGCAGGAGUCAUAAAGAGGCAUUGUUCGGCCUGUAGCUCGCCCUUUUGUCAGCUUUUAUUUUAAUUGCACCGCAAACGACGCUUGUCGAAAACGCACAGGACUUUUAUCUCGACGUCAGCUUUAGCACUAAAGUUUCAACCAAUCCUGCGUCAUGACUUCAGAGGAAAAAGGAGCAGACACCAUUUUGGAGCUCCAGGCCAUGCAGGAGACUGGGGAAGCGUCCAGAAAUCCCACUCAGGUGCAGAUGAGUCAGAUCGUGCUGCCCUGCCAUGCCAAUCACUGCGGGGAGUUGAGCGUUGGACAGCUGCUGAAGUGGAUGGACUCCACGGCCUGCUUAUCUGCUGAGAGACAUGCUGGUUGCUCGUGUGUCACUGCAUCAGUGGACGACAUCCAUUUUGACCACACAUUAGGGGUAGGAAAUGUUGUCAACAUCAUAGCAAAAGUCAACAGAGCCUUCACGUCCAGCAUGGAGGUGGGCAUAUUAGUGACUUGUGAAGACCUUUACACGGACAGGCAGUGGAGGGUGUGCCACGCCUUUGCCACCUUCGUUGCCAGACGAACUGGAGCUGCGAAGGUACAGCUGAAGCAGGUGGUUCCUCGGACUCAAAUAGAGCAGUUGGAGUACAGCCUGGCAGCGGAGCGGAGGAGGAUGAGGCUCAUCCACGCCGAGAUUAUUACAGACCUACUGGAAAGUAGCACGGCUCAGCUGGGAGAGUGCCAGGAGUACCAGGACGCCGUGCCAGCUGAGCGGACACGAGUUGAGAGUGUGGAGCUGGUGCUACCACCCCAUGCCAACCACCAAGUCAGCACAUUUGGAGGCCAGAUCAUGGCCUGGAUGGAGAAUGUGGCUACCAUUGCUGCAAGCCGCUUGUGUAACGCCCACCCAACGCUGAGGACUAUCGACAUGUUCCAUUUUCGUGGCCCUUCUCACAUCGGUGACCGACUGGUAGUGAAAGCCAUUGUUAACAAUUCCUUCAAAAACAGCAUGGAGGUGGGAGUUUGUGCUGAGGCGUACAAGGGUGGGGAACCUCUGCGACACAUAAACAGUGCCUUUAUGACCUUUGAGUUGCUUGAUGGGGACAGAAAACCACGCACACUGCCACGGAUACGACCUGAGCUUGUGGAUGGAAAACGACGUUAUAAGGAAGCUAUAGCUAGGAAGAAGAUUCGCCUGGACAGGAAAUACAUAAUCUCAUGCAAACAAACUGAAGUUCCCUUGUCUGUUCCCUGGGAUCCAAGUAACCAGAUGUACCUGAGUUACAACAAUGUAUCAGCACUGAAACUAAUGGACACCAGGAAAAACUGGGUGCUAACAUCAGAGAAGAGUAAGGUCACGCUGUACACGCUGGAGGAAAACCACAUGCUGUGUUUCAAGGUGGAGAUGUAUGCCAACGUCCCUGCAGAGGAAUCGUUCCACCUCCUGUCGGACCUGAGGACGAGAAAACAAUGGGACCCACACUAUGAGGAGUGUGAGGUGAUCCAGGAGGUGGAUGAGGAUGACAUUCUCUAUCGUGUAGUCACACCCUCUGUCAGUAAAGGGGGCAAAGGGAAAGACUUUAUCUUGCUGGCAUCUAGGAGGAAGCCAUGUGAUUCCAGGGACCCAUAUCUGAUUGCUCUGCGUUCCAUCACUUUACCCACUCACCCACCCACAGAUGAGUACAACAGGGAAGAGAUUCUCUGCGCCGGCUUCACCAUCUGGGAGGAGUCCAGCUCUGUCACCAAGUUCACCUACUACAACCAGGCCACACCAGGUGUCCUCCCUUACAUCUCCACAGACAUCGCCGGCCUCUCCUCCAGCUCCUGCAGCAUUUUCUCCGCCUGCAGCCGAUUCCUGGAGGCUAAUAUCGAGAGCCUGGCCGCUGCCCCACCAUCUGCAUGUUGACACAAUGAUCACAUAAGAAGAAAAAGUCGUAAAAGGAGGCAUCUUUAUGUUGCUUCACCACUGCUGUGGAGUUUAAGUUCUCUAUAAAACGUUGUAGUUCAAUGCGACUGUUGCACACUGAGAUUACAAGGAAUUAUGGGUGUAUAGUUUCUGGGGUUUGUUUGUUGUUUUUUUUAUUGCUUAUUUUCAGAAGGGUAAUCGGGAUGGGGCAAAAGAGCACAUUUAUGAGGUGUUCCAAGAUUUACUUGCUUAUGUUUUAUUAAAGCCAGUAUUUCAAGUAGAGAUUAUUUAGGCAAUUAUAAUUGUUGAUAAACUGAAAAUGUUUUAGUGCAAAGUUUUGAAUAUUUAAUGCAAUGUCAGUUUUAUCAUUAUGGCCAUAUUUUUAAUGGUAGCGCCAGUAACUGAUGUUAGUAUUCUGUUUUCAUAUGAGCUGGGUGAUCCUUAAACGAAACUUUGAGCUGCUUUAUUGAAACAAUAGGAAUAUAAUGUUUACAGUGCUGUUUGAUUUUGAGAUUAUAUAUAUUUCUGAAUUCUGUGUGAGAUGAGACCUGUAUGAGGGCAUGUAAGGACUGUGGAUACCACUUUGAUAAAUGUUUAACUGUAAACACAUUGGACAUAAUCCACACGCAUUGGAUUAUGUCCUUUUGAGCUAUUGUGGACAAUUUAACCGGAAGACGGAGGUUGUUUUUUUUUUUUUUUUUUUUUUUUUAUCCCUCUGAAUCUUAGGGUAGCAGGGGCAGAGUAAAACUUGAACUGAAGUUUAAAGGUCUUUGGAGCUGAUUGAGCUUCCUUUUCAGGAUUAGUUCAUUUCAUUUCAUUUCAUUUAAUUAUUUAUUCAAACAGGUUAAAACAAAAACAAAAUAAUCAAAAACAAAAUAAUCAAUUGAUCCUACAGUCAACCUGUUAUGUUCCAGCUGCUUUGCAGAGACAGAAACAUGGAGAGGAAGACUGAGAUAAUCCAUCUGAAUAAUACCGUGCAAAAGUCCAGUAAAACUUUAAAAUAAAUCUGUUUAAAAUA